UUUAACACACUUGUCCUACGACAUCGUUUGAGACCUUGUUCAGUAAACAUAAUACUAUGCCUCGUGUGCGAAUUAUCCAUCUAGACAGAUGAGUGUGAUUUACAGCAUGUAAAUAAAACAAUUACGGGGAUAUUACUCAGAUUGAGGAAAUGAUUUCAACCAGUAUGCUCCUUGUGUGGAUUGUCUGCAGUUCGAGACUUGCAAUGGAUCUGGUGCAAUCCUAUGAAGUGCCUGUUUAUUGCAACGUUACCUCACAUCCCGAGAGACAGAUUGAACUAUAUAUAAGAACCAACCAAACAUUCGAAUGCACAAUAUCUCGUCCGAAUGCUAGUUCAGAAGUUAUCGAAUGCAUAUCUCGAGCUAAAGACUGCACAGGCACAGGAAAGGAACAUUUACCCGAUAAGUAUAGUUCCAAUCGUACGUCGACACUUACUACUCUAAUCAUCCGAAAUGAAACGAACAAUUUCAAUGUGUCAUGUUACAAUCCAUACAAUAUCAGUGGCACGCGCACGCAUCUGGAGAUCCCCAUUGGAUGUAACACUACAAAAUCAGACUGUGCCAACGGGACUUUCGGUGUGGCGUGUCACGGCCGCUGCUACUGUGCCGACGGUGUGGCAUGCGAAAAGGACACCGGGAAGUGUCCGGCAGGCGGCUGCUCCCCAGGGUACAAGGGUCCGCAGUGCGAAACGGAGUGCAAUGACGGCAAAUAUGGCGACGCCUGCCUCCAAGAUUGUGGGUCAUGCGCAAAUGAUGACGUUUGUGAUCACGUGACCGGACGGUGUCCAAACGGAUGUUCUGAUGGAUGGCUCAAUGACACGUGCCAGACGGAAUGUUCCAAUAGCAGUUAUGGACAAGAGUGUAAUGAAACAUGUGGCUGGUGUAAAAACAAUGCGUCCUGUAACCACGUGAACGGAAGUUGCCCUGACGGUUGCGCAGCUGGUUACAAGGGAAAGUUAUGCAAAGAAGGUGCUUCGGAAAGAGGUCUUACCGAUUGCCAGAUAGCGGGCAUUAUAAGUGGGUGCAUUGGAUGCAUUGUAAUCAUAGCAAUUAUUGUAAUAAUCUGGAAAAGACGGGAUAAAUUUCCAUGUUUUGAGGCGAGAAGGUUAAGGAUAGAACAGGCAAACAAUGAGCAGAUCCCACUGGAAGGGCGUAGUACCAGUGAUCCAUCUGAAGAAUCAAAGCGAACGUUACAAACAUCAAAUCCAGGACAAGACAAUGCCAACACUUUACACGAAGUGAAUACCAACGAAAAUGAAGCAAACGAUUGUGAUGCACAGCCAUCCAUGGUGAAGCUUACCAAUACCGAAACUACACCAGAAAAUGGAGCCAGCGCUAAUGGAACAACUGGUGUAAAAGACGGAGUUUUCAUUUUACACGCGACGGACGAUGAAAACAUAGCCAGAAAAAUCAAGGAGAAGAUAGAACGGGAGCUUGGAUCAAAUGACAAGCAGUUAGUAGAUGUGUCUGCGGAUGUUGGUUUGGGUGAGGGAAAAUUAAGUUACAUUGAGAAAGUUUUGAUUACGUACAGAUGGAUAUUAUUUCUUGAAACUCCUCAUUCCCAAACAGACAGCAUACACUUGCAAAACGGUGAAACAGUUAAAGUUGACAAUUUGUAUGCACAAAAUAAUGACGACCAACCUCGCUUCAUCCCAAUGUUAUCCAAUAUUAAACAGAGAGAACUUAAAAGGUCUUGGUUGAAGGCUUUGAUCCCUUUACAUGAUUCAGAACACGACAUCAAGAAUUUUGUGAAAACGAUACGCGGUGUUCAAUAAUCGGCACUAAUUAUUCCAGAAAUACAUUGAGAUGCAAAUUAAUAGCACACGUUUGUGUUAACAAAUCACCACCACUCACUUUGUUUAUUGAUUCUCCCUGACGGUUUAACUGAAUGAUUGUUUGUGUAUUCCUGCGAUUUAGUGUGUUUAUCUAACUUGCGCGGAAACGGAUAUCCCAUAAACCAGAAUCACGGACACCAAUGUCGUGUUAUGUAUUAGCUUGUAUAGCUGUAUCAAUUGUAUUGUAGAACAAUGUCGUGUUAUGUAUUAGCUUGUAUAGCUGUAUCAAUUGUAUUGUAGAACAAUGUCGUGUUAUGUAUUAGCUUGUAUAGCUGUAUUAAUUGUAUUGUAAAACAAUGUCUUGUUAUGUAUUAGCUUGUAUAGCUGUAUCAAUUGUAUUGUAGAACAAUUGCAUAUUAUUUGGAUAGUUUGAAAACUUGUGUACUUAUUUCGUAGUUUGUAAAACAUGUAAUUACAAUCUGUAUGAUUUGUAGGUAACCGAUACCAUUAACAAGUUGAAUACAAAUAUGAACACCCAACUUCUUUGUAUAUAAAUAUAUAUAAAGAAUCGACUAUGUGACUAUUAAAAUUCCAUAUGCA